UCGCGACCGUCGCCCUCGCGACGCCUUGAUCGGCCUGUGUCUCGUAUCUCUCUCCGCGUGAGAGUACGAGCCGGCGUCCCAGCGAGCCGAGCUCUCACUGUAAAUAGCGUUCCGAUUUCUGCGUUCUGCGCUGCGGCCAUUUUUGUUCCCGCGCGACCAUCUUUUUGUGUGUCGCGCCCAUUUCGUUUUGCGCUGCGGCCAUUUUGUUCUACGCCGCGUUCCUUAGUUUUUAGCACAUCGUUUUCCUUUGUUACGCUUGCGAGUUUGUACUUAGCCAGAAAAUACAGCUGCCUGUGAGCAGUCAUAAGGACUCCGCUUUAUUAGUGCACACCCACAGGGCUACCCGUACUGGAGAUCUUCCUCCCCUCCUCCUUCAGUACGCGCGGUGGCCAUAGGCCAUACCGUCCCCCACAAAUAUAUUAAUAUGGGAUUGGAAACUUCCAAAUGGAAGGGAGAGCAGCACAAGAUAAACAACAACUCUCUCUUUCAACGGGAUCGGGGAAGAAGAAGAAGAGGAGGAACGCUCGCCAGCUCGCGCACACACACACACACACACACAGCGAGUACUCCCGGAGGGCGAUGCCGAGCGGCGGCGAUUGAGGAGGACGGAGGACGAGCUCCUGGGGCUAGCCGGCUUCGCCGUCAGUGGAGUGGAGUGUCAGCGGUAGCCGCGGUCGCGGGAAUGGAUCUGGCAGAAACUAUGAAGAACAUUGUAGCCAAAGGUAUGCAGACAGAAAUGGGUCCACCAGGUGGAGGGUCAGGCUAUCCUGCUACGCCAAGUAGCGCUGGUUAUGUCACAGAGAAGAUAUACAUGUUGUUACAAGCAUACUUGCAAAAUAAAGGAUGGAAUCCUGGUAUCGAGUUGUUACAGUGUUUCUCUGAGUUCAAAGACGCGUCCAUGAUGCCAAGCGCUGCUUAUUUACAAAUGAUGGCGUCCAGGGUUGCAUUGGAUUCACAGGGGAGAUUAGUUCUCCGUGAGAACGGGAAGAUAAUACUCCCCUAUGAGCACUUUGCCAAUGCUGUAAUGUUGAAACACAUGAACGGCCCGCACGGCUUACACCUGGGCUUGGAGGGCACGGUCAGGGCGGUUAUGGAGUCUUACACCAUCGGUAGGGAGUGCUUCGGCAUGGAGAAGGAAUUUAUAAUAGAGGUCGUGCAGAAUUGCCCCAAUCCGGCUUGCCGUUAUUAUAAAAAUCAGCUGGAGCUCACUCAAAAGAUGGGCCACAUGGCGCCCACUUACAUCCAGGAGAACGAGGCGACCGCGUCCCUUCUCCGUACUGGUUUCCCGCACAGUACGGACUUUCAGGCGACGCUGAGCAGUACCAAUCCGAACACGCACAUGGGAGGAGGAUCCACGGCGGAUUUACCAGAGAUGAGGGGUGCUGGCAAUCAAAUGAAUCUUCAACGUCCUCCAAGCCGUCCGUCAUUAAAUAUUCCGCAUCGGCCUGUAUCGCAAGAGAAGAAAGUGCCGGCUAGCAAGCAGCAUUACGAGUCUCUGUUGUCUAAUAUACCGAUCUCCGAUCACAAGCUGACAGACUUUUUACGCACCAAUCUGGAUAAUCUGGACAAUCUCAGCGGGCUCGGUUUAGGAAACUUGCAAGGACUGGGGUCCGCCAAUAAGGACCUACUGGCACUGCAUAAUGGUGCAUGGCCUUUAGAAAAUGAGAAAGGAUCUCGGUCGUCGUCUUCAAACUCGGAAGGUGGUCAAGAGAAAAUUGUGCGCGCUUUCGCAGAGGUAAUGAAGAACAUGGCGAGAAUGAAAGCUUGCGUACGACCAGCAAUGUGCAAGCCAUAUGGCAAGCAGUCUGAGGCUCUGCAAAAAACAUUGGUCGACACGAUACAGCUUGUACAAUCGCUGAGAAGCUUCUUGCCGCCCCCGCAUAUUCCAGUCUCGAGCUGGAAAAACGACGAUAAACACCGAUUAGAUCACACCGGCACUCCUUACAUGUCAACGUUAAAAGCCGGCGCGAUUGAAGAACUGUGCGAGCAGCGUAAGUUAGACUAAGCGUCGUCCUCGCUUCAUUCGCGGCAGACCGCGGGUCUCGUCUUUCGCGCUCUAUGAUGUUCUAGUCACAAGAUGUUUAUCGAUUAGUUGGGUGUUUCGUAUCUAAACAACCCGAUGGAUUGCUCAAAAGUUGUUGGCGUUUAGGACUUCAAAUACUAAGAGACAAAAUGGGUCAUGCGUGGACUGUGAUAAACGUGGGUAGCGAGAAAAAAAAA